AUGAGACCCAUCAAUCUCAAUCCUUCAAGUGCGGAAUCAUCAAAUUCAGACCCAUUAAUUGAUCAUGAGAAGAAGGCUAAGGCUCAUACUGAGGACAAAAAGAAGAAGAAUUUGACUAGAGCACAAGUGAAGAAACAACUCAAGCUUAUUGAUGAGGUGAUCAAUUGCUUCAUAUGUUCAAAGAUUCUCCCCAUUCACCAUCGAAUGCAAUCCCACCAAAAGGCACAUUACUACAUUUUCAAGGAGUGCACUAAAUGCAACAUAAGGUUUCAUAAUAACUUGGACUACAAAGUUCAUUUGAAGGUGUUUGGGGUGGUCAAAAUUCACCCAAUCCGCCAAGGAGGAAUUCCUAGUGGCACAAUUCCUAAUAGCCAAGAAUUUCUAGCGGUCGAAGAAUUCCUAGCGGCGGAGUUCCUAGUUGUCGAGAAUUCCUAG